CAGCCCCAUAUCCCCUCCGGCCAUCCCUUCUUCUAUAUCUCCUCUGGCGACGGUAAUCUCAGCAUCUUCAUAUGUGUCUUCCUCUCCCGCAUGUACGGGGGAGAACAUGGGGGAGAACAUGGGAGGCCGAACCUCCGGCAUUUCAUCUUCACCUUCCUCUCCCUCUUCUAUGGGGGAGAGCGUGGGAGUGGGGGAGAGAAUACGACGGAAAACCUGAGAUAGAACGUCCUUCUCAGAGUCCUGGUUCUCAGAACCCUCAGCAUUGGUGGUAGGAGCCUUAUGCGCAAGCAAGCCCACCCCAAUCAUGGGGUUUUUGGGAAGAUUUACAAAGAGGACUCUAUGAUUUUAUGCUUGAUAUAGAUAACGAAGGACAUAACUUGGCUGACUUGUUUUAUUUAGAAACUUUAGGAGCUUUUUAGACUUUUUUUGGCCUUUUGUAAUGUGAGGAUAAACCUAACACUGUUUUGUUUCCAAUGUAUUUCAGUGAUGGGUUUAUCCUUUUCCUACUCUGUUUCUAUAAAUGUAUAUUUCAAUUUUGCUUUGCUCUGUUAUGUACAGGGAGGAAAGAUGAGAGAGUGGCACCAAGGAAACCAUUGAUAAGUAAAAUCUUUAUCCCAAUUUUGCUUCUUGCUUCCUUCUUCCCCCCACCCUUUUUUUUUUUUUGAGAUCAGAAUAGCUAAACAAGAUUUUAUUCCAAUUUUUUUUUUGGUCUGUUAUCAAAGUAUUGGACAGGGAGGAAGAUGAGUGAGUGGCACCAAGGAAACCAUUGAUAGUAUUGGAUAGGGAGGAAGAUAGAGAGAGGCACCAAGAAACCAUUGAUAUGUAAAAAUUUUAUUCCAACUCUGCUUCCAUUUGUCGUCAAAGUGUUGUACCUCCUUGACCUGGGGAUUAAGUCUUUCUCAGCAAACCAACUACUUUCACUGCAAAAUUAAAAAGUGCUAGCUGUUUUAGUAUCAUUCCACCUUCCCUACCUUCUUCUCUUCAUUGCCUCUUAUAUUACAAGGUAGGCAUCAUUUCAUUUGGGAUAAAAUCUAUUGCAUUUUCUGCCUUCUCAGAGUUAGAAGCACAAGUUUCAGGCCAGCAGGUAUGGUUUUUUAAUUCCCAUAUUUUCUUCACAUUCAUUUUUCUUCUCUUAGUAGCUUUAUUUUUAUUUUUUUUUGAUAAUUUACUAAUUUUAGUAUAUGACGUAGUCCUUUCCUUGGAUUAUCUAUACUUUCCUGCCUCCUUUAAUGGAUUAGAUUCUAGAUUGUUUUUCUCGUUAUUAACUUUGUGGCAUUUUGGUGUCUACUUUACAUGCAAAGAAAAUCUUUCAUAUGUA